UUUCCAGCCUCCCACUGGUCAUCUUAUUAGUGCUAGUAGUUCCGCCUCAUUGUAUCUUUAUUUUCGUACAUUAUGUAACUCAGGCUUUGACGAUAGAAAUGGAAGAUUAUGUGUAAUGCCACUAAAGCACUUUGAGCUGAACUGAGAGGAUGAGAGUGUAUUCUGUAUUACUGAUAUGAAUACUGAGCGGUAUAGUGUGAUACAAGUUUAAUAUUAGAAUAAAUCACAAUAACAAGCUUGAAAAAGCCUCAAAAUCUUUUUAUGUGUCAGCCUUUAAUUUUGUAAUAUGCUGAAAACAUUUGUUUCACACAGAUUGCCUAGUUUUUAUCUUUGUGGAUAAAGGAUAAAAAAUAAAUCUUUUUAAAUAGCAAAUAAAAAAAGUUUUAAAAUAAUCUCAACAAGACCAAAUGUAAGAAUAAAAGAACAGUAAAAUUUUUGCAAGUAUAAAAUCAAGUGAUUUGUUAGAAAGGAAAAGGAAAGUUAAAAACACAGAGACGAUUAAAUAACGAAAUAGUGUUGUGGUGAUUUAAAUAAUAAGAGAAACAAAUUAAAAUAAAGAUUAGAGAGCUGUAUUGUCAUUGUAGUGAUCUAGGCCUACCAGUGCACAGUGGAGCUGCAAGGCUUUAGUGCCACAUUACAGAAAGUAACAGUGAACUAAUCGACUGUAAAAAACUAAAAUCGAUGUUUUCAGACUGUUUUUAUUCGGUAAUGUAACUGAAGUCUGUUCUGACAUUGGGACACUGUUUAUCUUUUUUUUUCUCGUUUUUUAGGAAACGGAUCAUUUAAACACUUCCUCUACAUUUUCUGCAUAUAUAUUAUUUUUUUAUAAUAUAAUUUUUUCUCGAGAAGCAUUUUCCAUGUAAAUAAAGCGGGAUGUGGAGUGUGUGUGUAGAGCUGAGUGUGUACAGAGCUGUGUGUGUAGAGAGCUCCGUGAACAGCUCAGGGUUGGAAGGGGGAGAAACACAUUCCUGGAUGUUUGGUGGUAAAUUUACAGCUAAAGUAAUAAAAACUUUACGACUGAACUGAGAAGGGGAUUGGGUAGGGCUUGCCACGUGACCUGCUCUCCGUGAACAUGAACUUUAUGCUGUUGGCGUUUGGUUUGGUGACUCAGAUUCACUCUCAAUCUCUAAAAGAGGAGCAUGCAGUUCUUAUUGUAGCUUGAUAUUAAAUAAUAAAAGAAAAGAAGAGAAAGUGGGCUGUUUUUUGGUUUUCCUGCUCUUCUUCCUCAGCUUCAUUGCAUUUUUUUUACCAGAAAGGCUAGAUUCAUUUACUGAUCAGGGGUUACAGUGUACAGAAUUUCCAGCACUGACUCUUGUGAAAACAGUUUCUACAAAAUACGGAAUAUCUGAAUGAAAGGACUUCAGGUGGUGCCAUGAUGAGCUUGUGAGUGUCGUCUUUCAUUGGAUGAAGUGUGGUCAGCUGACCCAGUCAUCUCUGUCCAUCUUAGAAAGGAUGCUUUGAAAACACGUUGAGCUGCGCGCGUGCAGUCUUUUAUUGGUGUCCCGAAAUAAAUUAGACAUCAUACAGCAGUGGCAUUAAAAGAGAGGGAUUAAUAAAAAAAAAUUUAAAAAAAGAAGAAAUAAAGGAAUACUGAGAAAAAGAACGAAAGAAAGAAAGCGUGAGUGAGGGAGGGAAAGAAGGAGGGAGGGAGUAAAAUAGAGAAAGAGGGAGAAAGAGAGAGAGAUCAGAGAAAGUAGGAGAGGGAGGGAAAGAGAAGAAGAGAGGUUUGGAGUGAGUGAGAGAGAGAGAGAGAGAGAGUGAGAGUGGACGGUAUGAAUUCCUAUUUCACCAACUCGUCCCUCUCGUGCCACUUAACCGGAGCUCACGAGGUUUUGCCCAACGUGGCCCUGUCCAACUCGAGCACCUACGACCCCGUGGUCCGCCAUUUCCCGUCGUCCUAUGGCGCCGCUAACCGGAUGUACCGCGCGCCCUUCUACCCGCCGCAGGAAGACGUGAUGUUCGGCGCGAGCCGUGCACCGUACGACUACGGAUCCAACGCGUUUUACUCGGACAAAGACGCGAUUUCCGGUUGCAGACAAAGCUUCGCGCAGGACUUCACAACUUCACCGUCGUUAGAGCAGUGCAGAAGCGCGUGCCAGGAUCCAAAAAGCGGCAGCAUACAGAUUUAUCCCUGGAUGCAGAGAAUGAACUCGCACAGCGGUGUUGGUUAUGGCUCGGACAGGCGCAGAGGUCGUCAGAUUUAUUCUCGAUACCAAACGCUGGAGCUGGAGAAAGAGUUUCACUACAACCGAUAUUUAACACGGAGAAGAAGAAUCGAGAUCGCCAACACGCUGUGUCUAACCGAGCGACAAAUUAAAAUCUGGUUUCAGAACCGCAGGAUGAAAUGGAAAAAAGAGAACAAUCUGACCUCCACUCUACACGAACAGGAAACAGGGAAAGAGGUUACAGAAGGAUCCACGAGUGACACUAAGGAGUAGUGGUUUUUUUUUGUUGUUGUUUUUUUUUGCAUCAGGCACGUUGUAUAUACAUGAAACUACCUAAAAAAAAACCCAUGUGCCAUAAUUAUGUGUGAUAUUUCAUACAGAUAUGUAUAUUGAAAAAUAUGGUUAAAAACUACCUAUCAAUCAAACUACCUGUUGACUUUUGCCUCACAAACUGUUAUGCGCUAUAAUUGUGGCUUUUCCACGUAUAUCUAUACUCCACGUAUUCAUCAUAUAGAAAAGUACGGUUAUAUAAAGCUACCUGUUGACAUUACCUACCGAAUUUGUUACGGAUUAAAAUCUGAGCGGAAACUGACAAUUCAUAAUUAUGUAUACAUUUGCAUAUAUGGAAAGUAUGUUUAUAUGAAAUGACCUUGCCUUAGUUGUUAAACGCCAUGAGACAAAAAAUAAUGGACUAUAACUGUGGGUCUCGUCCAUGCAUACAAGCAAAUGUUUGGUUAUAUAAAACUACCUACUGAACUGGUAUCAUUUUUAAAUAAACAUCAACAUGUAUCCUCAACGAGUCUAA